AUGGAAAUCAUGACAUCGAGAACAGCAUCAGCAUCACCAAAUGUCCAAAAGGAGUUGCGUUUAUUUGCACCUCCCAUCACCACAGCUGCCAGCAGCAGUCACAGUGAACACAUUGGUGGGGGACGUUCACCCUUUCAACGUGAGGUCCGCGAAUGGCAACGCAUUGAUCCGGAUACAGGUGCAUUGUUAACGGGUCGGCUGGAGGCAGAUCGUUGGGUUAGCGGACCAUUGAACAGUUAUGGCAAGAUAUCCGAUUCACAGAAUAUUUCCCAACCGAACGGCACCCAACAGACCCAGCGCAAACAAAUCGAAGUGAUACAGCGGUGUACAAGUGGCGGUGCAGCAAUGCAAGUGAUACGCUCUCAAACGGUUCAGACCACCUCAUCCCGGUGGUCUAGCAGUGCCUCCUCAUCGGCGACAGCAUCACCCUCACCAACAUCACCAGCAGUGUUUAAUGCCAGUGCGAAUGGAGUAAGAGAAAUUUCCUCUAAACCCACAACUAGCCAACAAAACAAACGUAGCACAAAUACCUCAUCCUCAACCACCACCCCCUCCUCAUCACCUUUUAGAGCCUCCAAUGGUUUUCUUCAUUCUCAUCAUCUACCACAACAGAAAACCAAAACCAAUCAGACGAAAACCACAAAAUUUCCAACCUCCCGGGUAACUGGCACAAAAUCAAAUCGCACCACCGGCACCUCAAAUUCCAAAUCAUCACCAUCCACCACGACGAAGACCUUGUCAUCAUCCUCCUCCACCACCGCCUCGUCUAACCCAAUUGGCAAGAGAAAUUGGCCUCAAAUUGUUAUCGAAAAUAUGUCAUCCUCUUCGCUGGAUAUUUGCGAUAAUGAUGAUGAUACGGAACACAUUCACGACACCGACUACAUUGUGGAGGAUGCCAGUGAUGAUGAUCGUGCUGAUCAUGAUCCGCAUCAUCAUGAUCAUCAUUAUAGCGAUGAUGACGUCAAUGGCAAUCACCAUGAAACCCACAAUGGCACUCAAUUGGCACACCAAAAAACACUUCAUCAUCCCAUAACACUUGUAGAUCACGAAGAUGAGGAUGAUGAUCGCGAUCAUUAUCAUCAUGAAACCUUAGAUGUAGAUCGGUUUUUUACAAAACCACAAAAUCCGAACACAUUUAAAUCGUUAGGAGGGCCAAAUGCCAAACAAAUUGCAGCUGAUAAUGAUACCAACGACAACAAAUAUGAUCAUGAUGAUGAUCCGCAUCAUCAUCAUCGCGCUGAUUCUCCACAACGUUAUGAGCUACAAAAUGGCCAUAGCAGUAGUAGUUGUAGUAGUCUGAAUAGUCAUAAUGGCAAUGCCAAUCAAUUAUUUCUGUUGGAUACGGCGCCAAGUUUGAAGUUAAGUAAUCUAAUGAAAAGUAGUUCCAGCAUCUCAAAUAGUUCAAAUAAUUCCACAACUGCAGUGGAAGCAACAACAACAACAUCGACGUCGACAUCAACGUCAACGAAUUUCAAUUCGAAUUUAAAUAAAAAUUCGUCAAUGAACACCCACACGGCCAAUAAAAAUAUGGCAGGGAAAAAUAUAAGCCUACAUGCAAUUGUUGGCAACAACAACAACACGAAUGCGAACAGCAGUAUUGGAGAUCGUACAACAAAGACAACAGCAUCAUUGACACCAUCAUCAUCGUCGUCGCCAUCAGCCACAGCAUCACCAACCACAUCAACGACACGACCAUCUUGGCAACAACCUUCCAUAUUUAGGCAAAAUGGUAACAACAGCCCCAGCCGCAGUCCGCUAACCAGUCAUCGGGGUAUGGUAAGAGGUACCACAACACACAGUUCCACCACCACCACCACGACGAACCAUACCAGUUCCAUGCCAUGUUCCACUCAUUUAAGAAAAUCACGCGUAGGUGACAACAACAGCGGCUUCGAUGGCAGCAGCAGUGAUGAAUCUCGUACGACAACUGAACUUCGUCAUCAUCGCGAUCAUCAGCAACUGCUGCGUCAACGGGAGCCGUCACAACAACAACACGAGCACCAGCAACGACAAUCACCUCCUGCGUUGUACCAAUUGAAACCACAGAGCGAUCGGUUGACACCAACGCAAUCCACUCAGCAGCUCAAGUCACCAACACAGCAGCAACAACAACAGCAACACCAACAACAGUACCAGUCUCCACACAGCUAUAAUCGUGUCGAUUUGGAAAGUUUCCGGCAUUAUGGCAACAACAACAGUCACCACAUUACCAGCGACACAUAUGUGAAUGAUACGACCCCGGCUCCGGCUCUUCUUUCCAAUGAUCUUCGUCAUCAUCCUCAUCAUCACAACGAUGAUAAUGGAGAUGGUUUAAGACUCUCUUCACGACAUUUGCGCCGUCAACAAAUACCCCAAGAAAACGACUCAUCCUCCAGCACACUACAAAGAUCCCGUUCCAUAUCCACAGACGAUCUGAGUACCGAUUGGAAUAUCAACGGUGUUGAUGACGAAGAACCUGCCGAGUGGAGAAGGGUUAGCAAACUACGAAGAUCUUUUCAAAAUUCCGGUAGCAGUAAAAUUGAAAUAUCCCCCAGCCCUCGAAGGCCUCUGGACCUACCCGAAAGCUCAGUGAGUGUAUCGAAAAUUCGUGCCGAAUUGGAAAACGGUCGACGUUUAAAUACGGUUAUGAAAAAUAAUCAUGUCGAUCUGGCUGCCCUGAGUUCCAUUCUCAAUUCGAAUGAUCAGAAACCGGUAUCUCCAUCACCUGUGCGAAGUAGUUUUUUGACAGCAGAAUCUCUCAAGGAAAUUCGUGGUAAAUUAAAGCGUCUAUCGGAUGAGUCGCUGUAUAAGGAGGAUUUUAUUACCACACACCCAGCAAAUUCGGAACUUCCCGAGCGGGAACAAAUUGAAAUUCAGCCAGCGAUAAUUAGGAAGAGUGUGGAGAAAUCUCCGGAGAGGUAUAGUGAAAGGAGUGGAGAAUCGGUGGUGGGUAAGCAUACCACCAACAGCCUGGAAUCGAGAUUGAAGUAUAAGGACACCAAUCCAAUUGAGUGGCAUCUGAGACGCAAAUCGUACGGUUUUGAAAAAAUGUCACCACCCGAUAAAUCUAUGCAGCGUAUGGAUGCCUCCACGGAUAGUGGUUUGGGUCGUUCGGGAGAGCUACAAAAUUGGUCACCCACCCAUCAAGCGCAGCACCAUCAUCACCUGCAGCAGCAGGAGAGUAAUCGCACGGUGGUGGUGCGACUGGGAGAAGGGGAUGCCGCAAAUUCUCCUCCAAAUGACGAGGAGGAGACUGCUCCCAAUAAAAGGCACUCCAUUGCGGUGGAUGAAAGCCAAUAUGUAAGGGAUAAUGGUCGGCAGACCACCCAGGUCCGCUUAAAUGGUUUCUAUGAACGAAAUUCUCCCUCGCUGGGAGAGGGGAAAUUUAUGCAAAGCCAAGAAAUAACCUCCACCACGUCGAAUAGUGCAGGAGGUUUCUCGCAAAAAGUACAACAAAAGCGUGUGGAAUUUUGUAAAACCGAAGUGCAUUUCGCCACCGAAUCAGGAAGGGUGAAUAUUGUGGAAACGGAUAGUAAACCUCCACCAACCAACAAUUUUCGAAGACGUCGCAGCCGUAGCUCCAGCGUGGGACCUUUGCAGAGCUUAGUCAAAUCUGCCGGCACAGUUUCAACAGCAACCAGGAGUAGUUCCCCAGGUGGGGCAGGAGGUGCCUCCACGGUGGCAAUGCCUGUUACCCUCUUUGGUGAUGAUAAACUGAGACGUAAGACUAUUGCCUCGACCACAGUGGCCUAUCGUGCGCCCUUGGUAGAUUCUCCGGAACCGGAAAAAACCACAGCCACUGGGCAGAUAAAAAAUGUCACUGUCACCACUGUGGCAGAGGCCUUUUCGGAAAGUUCGAGAAGUAGCAGCUAUGCCUCGACCAGCGGCGUGGAUACCACCGAUUAUGAAACCGAUGAAAUGACUUCGUUAAGAGGCAUUCUGAAAAAUAAACCAGCCAAACCGAAACCAUAUGUUUUGGGAGAGAAUAUCGAAACGGCAGAUGAGCUAUGGGGUGGGCAGGUGAAGCCCACGCAGAAGACCGCCAACGAAAUUAGAGGUCUCAAUGAUUCUCCUUUAACUCCCAUAAAGUCGGUUGCCGAACGCAUUCAAGACCUUUCACAGACCAAUGGUUUCUCUACAAAAAUCAAUUUGAAUGUGGGUAAUACCACCUCCCCUGUGACGGUGCCCUCGACGAAAAAUUGGGAAGAAAAUGGUCAACAGCCGAAGCAACACCACCAACAACAACGGCGUCUCAGUGCCCAAGAAUUACUGCUACAGGAUCUCAAAGAUCAUCAGAAGAUAUUGGAUGAAGGAUUGAAAUCCACGACGUUGAUUAUUAAGACCAUGCGUUCGGCCACGGAAUUUGAUGAGGCCAUGAGACGACUCAGCAUUGCCUCCAUUGAGGCUCAGGCUGCCACGCAACCAAAAAUAAUUUUGCGUUCGAAUAGCUAUCAGGAACCAGGAACAACUUCAUAUCAAGAGCUACCCGAUCCUCUAACCGAUAACAGCCACAAUCAACAGCUGAAAACCUCUACCGAUUCGGGAGCUUCGUUUGUGCGUCAUGAUUCUGGGCCUCGUUUAAGCUUUUUGGGUAAUGAACAAAUUCCGGUUAGCCAACAACUACAACGCCUGCGGCUUAUCUAUGAUGCUGCAACAAUUUCCGCUGACCCGCAAAACGGUGACGAAGAGGAAGAUAGUGCCGAUGAAGAGGUGAAAAGCUACUUCCGUGGCCACAUGGAUAGCGAUAGUGGUGGUGGUACCCAAGAGAGUUCGUCAUAUGAAGAUGAUUUCGCCUUGGAACAUUCACACAGUUGGAGUCGCCUGAAGGCCAAGAAAACCAUAUGGAAAAUUGACACGGAUAAUAGUACUUUGGAGAAAACAGAUCUACCACACUCAAAUGUGAUGAGUAUUAAAUUACAUUCACCACAGGCGGGAACAGAGGUGAACCCAACAACCACCACCACAGCGGUAAAGGUUGUGCCGCCGAUAGCAAAGCCAAGAACCGUUAACAGUAAUGUUGCUAUGGAAACCAAAACCACCACGACGACGACACAACCCCACAAACCAUAUCAAACGAGUCUGCCAACCAAAGACUCUCUAAAAAUUAUCAAAGAAGCUCGUGGUGCCCGUCAGCUGCGCGAUCAUGAACUCUCCUACUUCGGUAUAGCAGCCUCACAACAAAACGAAACGGAAAAAUUAAAAUCGAAAUAUCCUGCCCUCAAUUCGGGUAAUCGAAAUUCUCCCAAACGUUCUUUACCUCUAAGGAGGGUAAGUGAAGAAAUGACGGGAAGACGAGAGGAGAAUGAUAGAUCCUCACCGGGCAGGCAAUGGCAAUUGGAACAUGAUAAACCGGAUUUGCUGAAACAUAAUCCACCUGCUUCCAAGAGCAAUUCCCAACUAAAACCAGCGGAAAGAAUUUCUCUGAAGAAGAAAGCCGAAUUGGAGGAUGCCGAGGAGGAACAUCUCUAUGAGAAUAUUGCCAAUGAAAUUACCCCGGUGUUUAAGGUCAAAGAGGUAUAUGAUCGGAAAUUGGACUUACAACGGGAUGCAAUGAUUUUGAGUGAAAUGAAUGAAAGUGCUGAUCAAACUUUGAGGGAACUCUCCGAUGAAUCUUCCCUAAAGGAUCGCAAACGUCGUUCUCUGCAGAGACGUAACUCCAAGCCACUCGAAACCAUUGACGAAAAAUCGAUUACGGAAAAGAUCUCCGACACGUGUAUAGCGGUGAAGGUGGCCCGAGGCACAUUUGCUUCGGAGGCCCGUAAAACCUCACGCCAUUCGACACCAUCACCAAAUCGCCAAAAUAUUGCCCCAAGGGAACGUACUUCAUCCCAAUCAUCAGUGGAAUGUUGUCCUCGGGCCAGAUCCCGUUCCCUCUCCAGUGAAAAGGAAUAUGAAAACAUAAAAUCCGCAACAAAAUCUUCACGAUCCACGCAAAUGGUUAAACAUAAAAGCCAUAGGCCACAUGAGGAGCGAAGAUCCAGUUCAUUGGACUCACAGCGCUCUUACCAUUCCCAAUAUUCCUCAGGUGAGGAACAACAGCAGAACCAACAGCUUCGCAACAGUUUCCGUCGUGAAGAUCGUUCCCGGGCCAAAACCAAACGUCCCAGCAAUCCAUCCUCCUCCACAUCCAAAUCCCAACGCCCUGAUCUGAAAUCAUCCUCCACAAAAUCCUCUGCACACAGUGAGUUCCAACGUUCAUCCAGUACCACACGUUCUUCAACACACAAAGAACGUGCAGAGUGCCACAAGGAGAACACAAAUGGACUUGCCACAUCCCAACAGCAUAGCAAACGUGAUCCCCAUACCCCGGGCGGUUCAUCAUCGCUACAACGUGGUUCCGCCAUUAGUUCCAGCGGUCGUCGUCAUCGUGAUGAAUUACGUGAUUCACAGCGCCUGAAACGAUCCAGCAAUCAAGGGACUUCUUCUUCGUCGCAAGUUAAAUCCUCCUCAGAACGUCAUGAAAAAUCGGAGACGAAUGGAAAACAUUCCUCAUCACGUCUGACACGCGACGAUGAACGCAAUAAUUCCCUGCGUUCUUCGGCACACCGCAUGGAACGCAGUGGCGGAGAAAAAUCGGAGAAAUUAUCAAAAUCAAAAGCUCACUCCAGUCGCUCAACAUCCCAACAACGCCAUGAACAACGCAGCAGCACCACCACGACGACGACAGCAACAACGACAUCUACAUCUAAUGGCGUUGACGAAAGGCAUGGCGGCAAGUCUAGCAAAUCAGCCGUGAAAGCCGUGACAACAACCGCCGAAAAUACGACGUACGUAAGCGUAACGAAUUUAGCAAACGAACAAAAACAAGAAACAACAAAAAUUUUAGAAACGAAUAACGAACACGCGAGAGAGGAGAUUAAACAAAUCUCUUCCUCUUCAGCUUCUGCUUCGGCUACUCACACAAUUGCGGGAGAAGAGAAACAAGAAAUUACAAACGCUACGGCGAUGGCUAAUGAAAAAUCCCCUCCCCCUAAACCACCCCGCAAGAAACGUAAACAUUCCCUUAUUCCCAUAGCCAUACCGGCAAAACCUGAACGAGUGCCACCCUUGCCACCAUCUGCCACCUCGCAAAAUUCUCAAUCCCCCUCUCUGGACUCACCCACCUAUGAAUAUAAAUUAAAAUCGAAAAUAAUACCACCCACCUAUUCGAAUCAGAGUACUUUGCGUAAAAGUUCUCUACCACGGCCCAUCAGCCGUUUAGCUUUACUCAAUAAGUCGCGAAAGCAUUCACAGAAAUCCACCCAUUCCACAUCGUCCUCUUUUGCUUUCCUACCCUAUUUACCGGCCAAACGGAAUUCCGAUGUCAGUCAUGUCUAUGAUAAUUAUAUGUUAUAUGCCGUACCCGCGGCCAUUAAUACCAAAGCCUAUCAGCAGAAUUUAGUUAAUGAUCAUGCUCAGCUAUUCGGUUCGGCGGGUGCGAAUCGGUAUCAUCAGCAUCAAUAUUAUGGUGGUGGUGGUGGUAAGGGGUUAAGGCGUCGCACGGUACGCAGUACGGUGUCGACGCAUCAACCAUUUGGCAUAUGCACAUGUUCAUAG